AUGGCUGACGCUUUAAUUGGAAUCGUGAUUGAAAACCUCGGAUCUUUUGUUCGAGAGGAGAUUGCAUCCUUUUUGGGUGUUGGAGAAUUGACCCAUAAGCAAAAUGAAAACCUCACCACAAUCCGUGCUUUGAGCCGGAUUCACAACAUACUAAAAGAUGCCGAAAAGAAGCAGAUAACAAGCAAUGUUGUGAAACAAUGGCUGCAGAAAUUGGGUGAUGCUGCUUAUGUACUUGAUGAUAUAUUGGAUGAAUGUUCAAUAACUUCAAAAGCACAUGAAGGCAACAAGUGCAUCACCCGUUUCCAUCCAAUGAAGAUUUUGGCUCGUCGCAACAUUGGAAAGAGGAUGAAGGAGGUUGCUAAAAGGAUUGAUGAUAUUGCUGAAGAAAGGAAAAAGUUUGGAUUUCAAUCAGUGGGAGUCACGGAGGAGCACCAACGAGGAGAUGAUGAAUGGAUCCUAACUACUUCUGCUGUCACCGAACCAAAAGUAUAUGGAAGAGACAAAGAUAAAGAGCAGAUUGUAGAGUUUCUUAUAGGGCAUGCUAGUAACAGUGAAGAACUCUCUGUCUAUUCCAUUGUUGGUGUUGGCGGACAAGGAAAAACAACACUCGCUCAAGUGGUCUACAAUGAUGAAAGGGUUCAAGAAAUUUUGCAAAACAAAAGGUAUUUGCUUGUUCUUGAUGAUGUGUGGAGUGAUGACCAAGUGAAAUGGAAUACGUUCAAGUCUUUGUUGCCAAAUGGAAAGAAAGGUGCAUCAAUUUUGGUCACUACCAGACUUGAGAUUGUUGCAUCCAUCAUGGGAACUAAGGUUCAUCCUUUAGCACAGUUAUCUGAUGAUGACAUCUGGUCGUUGUUCAAACAACAUGCUUUUGGAGCAAAUAGAGAAGGGCGUGCAGAGCUUGUGGAAAUAGGCCAAAAGUUAGUGAGAAAAUGUGUGGGUUCACCUCUUGCUGCUAAACGGCUUCCCCCACUUGGUAAAUUACCUUGUUUAACCACUCUUUAUGUAUCUGGAAUACGAGAUGUAAAGUAUAUUGACGAUGACAUGUAUGAAGGUGCGACCAAGAAGGCUUUUCCGUCACUAAAGGAAAUGUCGUUACGUAAUUUGCCAAAUUUAGAGAGGGUGUUGAAAGCUGAAGGAGUGGAGAUGUUGUCACAACUUUACAACUUAAUCAUAAAUGUGAACUCUAAGCUUGCAUUUCCAUCCCUUCAAUCUGUUAAGUUUCUUUGUGCUAUCGGAGAAACUGAUUUCAAUGACGAUGGUGCAUCUUUCCUGAGGGUAAUUGCAGCUAGUUUGAAUAAUCUCGAGGAACUUUUCAUUCAAAAGUUUGAUGAACUCAAGGUACUACCUAAUGAACUCAACUCUCUCAGUUCCCUACAAAAACUAUUAAUUUCAUUUUGUCCAAAGCUUGAGUCUGUCCCCCAGUGUGUACUUCAAGGUUUGAGUUCUCUUCGAGUUUUGUCUUUUACGUAUUGCAAAAGCUUAAUAUCCUUGCCCCAAAGUACGACAAACCUAACUUGUCUCGAGACUCUUCAAAUCGCCUAUUGCCCCAAUCUCGUUUUACCAGCUAAUAUGAACAUGCUAAGUUCCCUUCGUGAAGUGAGAAUCAUCAGCGAAGAUAAAACUGGAAUAUUGCCAAAUGGAUUAGAAGGUAUCCCCUGUUUGCAAAAUUUGCAGCUGUACGAUUGUUCUUCUCUUGCAUCCUUACCACACUGGUUGGGAGCCAUGACUUCUCUUCAAACAUUAGAAAUCAAACGGUUUCCCAAGUUAACCUCAUUACCAAAUAGCUUUAAAGAACUCAUAAACUUGAAAGAGUUACGUAUUUCUAACUGUCCCAUGCUUAUGAACCGAUGCAAGAAAGAAACAGGGGAAGAUUGGCACAAGAUAGCUCACAUUCCUAGAUUGGAAUUGAAAUUUGACGUUGAACCGUGA